GUAUCUUGACGGUGGAUACGGGGAGCAGCAACAUAGCAGCUAGGUGUUCUAGAAAAGAAAUAAAUAAUAAACCCGCGGAAAAGUUCCCUUUUUGUUAUCUCCUUUGUUGAAUGAUGGAGUCAGACAGCUUACUGCAUGCCGCCAAUUUCAGCACUCUGUUUGUGUGCAUGGUGCUAAAGUUCCCUCAGAUCUUUGUACUGAUGCGGGCGAAAUCUGCGACUGGAGUCAGCCUCAACAGCCUUCUGCUCGAGUUGACAGGGUUCAUUGUCUUCGUAACAUACCAGAUGUACUAUGACUACCCACCUCCAACAUACCUGGAAUAUCCCAUCCUCAUUGCUCAAGAUGUCAUUCUUCUGCUCCUGAUUCUCCAUUACAAGGGCAGCCUGCGGCACAGUCUCAUCUACACCAUCAUGUUCGUCGGAGGUUGGAGGCUCCUCACUGUGGAGAAGCGGAUCAUAGACUUGGCUAUGAGCCUGUGCACCUUCAUUAGUGCUGCCAGUAAGUUUGCUCAACUGCAGUGCCUGUGGAGGUCUAAGGACGCUGGACAGGUUAGCGCCCUCUCUUGGGGUUUGGCUACCUUUACAUGCAUAGCGCGGAUUUACACCACCACAGUGACAACAGGAGACGUGCAGGUUCUGGUGCGGUUCAUCGCCAUGACGCUGCUGAACCUGUGGGUUCUCCUCACUGUUCUCUACUACCAGAGACAAAGCAGCAGCUCCAAGAAGGAGGACUGAGUCCUUAAAGCUGGAUCGUGGAGUUUACAGGGUCCCGCUGGACACAGCAAAAAACAAACAAACAAACAAAAAAAAAAAAACUAACGGGUAACAAUGGUUUCAUCAGCAGCUGUUGUAAUACUGAUAUUUUAUAUAGUUUUUUUUUACUACUGUUUUAAACCCACACAGUAUUUUUUAGAACAUUCCAAUGUUUGAAAUGUGUUACAUCCCAUAGUAAGAACAAAGACCAAUGCUUACACAUACUGUAUGUGGAAAAGAAGAUAUUUUUAAAUACGUACAUCUGAGACAUUCCUGCUCAGGAUGAAAAAUACUGUAUUUUGAAGAGCUUUUAUGGUCAGUUAAUUUUCUGAACUGUUUUAAUAAACCGAACAAUCUUAACUUCUUA